GAGCGUGGGACUGACUGUAAGAGGAGGAGAUUCUCUAGUGGCUAAAUAUAGGGGAAUUAAGGGCUAGGGAUGAUGCGGUUUGGACAAGAAUCAUCGAAUGGACUGACUGGCCACGUACAUAGCGGCUGUCUCAAAGCACCGAGCGACACUAUCUUUCCGGAAGCAGGAAUUUAUAAACUGAUGAUCUAAUUCUACCAUUGGCCCGAAAAGAAAACCUCUUGGCGGAGUUGGAAAUAAAGCCGCUCUCCGACGCUUUCAGAGAAAUGGGCUCUGAGCCACCCUUGUCUCCACAGGUGGUGGAGGAGGGAGGAGAGGAAGAGGAGGAGGAGCUGAGUGGAGGAGAGGAGUCUGAUCUAAGGACCCCUUCAGGGCGUGGCUCCCUGCUGACUAGGCGAGGCAUCACCUUGAGAGUGCUGCUGAAGGACGGCCUGGUUGAGCCUGGGGAUGGAGUGCUGUCCAUACACUACCUGGGUAAGAAGUUUGUAGGUGACCUGUUGAAUGAUGGGAAGAUCCGCUGGGUGGAGACGGGGCAGAUCUUCAAUUCUCCCAGUGCCUGGGCCACACACUGCAAGCGCCUGGUCAACCCUGCCAAGAAGUCAGGCUGUGGAUGGGCCUCGGUGCGCUACCGGGGCCAGAAACUAGUGCAGUACAAGACCAGCUGGCUGCACAAGUAUCAGCCCAGUGCAGACAUGAGCCUGGUGAGCGAGGGAGAAGAUGACGAGAUGGGAGAUGAGGAGGAGGAAGAGGGGAAGACGGCAGUGCCGACAGAUGACAAGAACAGGAAGAACAAACCUGAGCUGCAUGAUAUCAGCCUUGUGCCCAGGAGAGGAGACAGAGAGCGAAUCCCCGUCAGAUACUGCACUCUGGGUACCAGGGAUGCUGCAAGGGAUCCACACACAUUGGUGGAGUUAUCAGCUUUCUCAGCCAUUAACAGGUUCCAGCCUUUCAAUGUUGCUGUAUCCAGCAACGUGCUGCUUCUCAUGGAUUUCCACUGUCACCUGACCACCAGUGAGGUGGUGGGCUACCUCGGAGGACGAUGGGACACUAACACACAACUUCUGACAGUUUUAAGAGCGUUUCCCUGUCGUACACGAUUGGCAGAUAGAGAUUCGGCCUCUGCUGUUGAAGAAGAGAUCUGCCAGAAUCUGUUCAUGCGAGGGCUGUCAUUGGUGGGCUGGUACCACAGUCACCCUCGGGGCCCCGCCCUGCCAUCCCUGCAGGACAUCGACUCUCAGAUGGACCACCAGCUGAGGCUCCAGGGGAGCAGUAAUGGCUUCCAGCCCUGCCUGGGCAUUAUCUGUGGCCCCUAUUACCAUGGGAACCAGGGUGUGGCGUCCACUAUAACACCGUUCUGGGUAGUGCCACCCCCUGAGCAAAGGCCCAAUGACUAUGGCAUUCCAGUGGCGGUGGAGGUGACCUAUGUACAAGAUAACUUCCUAACUAGUGAUGUCCUGAAUGAGAUGAUGCUGCUGGUGGACUUCUACAGGGCAGCCCCUGACCUGGUGCAGUUCCAUCAGUUCUGGUGUCCUGAUACCACCAUGAUGGACAAAAUCAAGGGCUCUCUGAGCGGCCAUGCACCGAAAGACCAGGCCUAUUCUCAGAUCCUGGAGCAUGUCUACAACCAACUCAUCAACACACACUAAGCUGGAGGAGAAACAAGGUUGUGUGUAUGCACUGGCUUCAAAUGAAAAUCUCAAAUAACCUAUUCCCCAUAUAGGUCACUACAUUUGUAGGUCUCUAUAUAGGGAAUAGGCUCUACAGAGAAUAGGUUGUCAUUUCUGCCCUUUGUCUGUGGCACUUCAACUGCUGCCCUGACCUCAGGCAUACUGUAAGUUGGAUGUGCACUGUCCUGACGGAGGAGAUGGUGACUCCUGAGUCCGGAGGGCGAGUACUGCUCUCCAUGGCCUUUUCUGACUGAGGUCUGUAUCACUGACAAUGUUUGUACAGUAUGACAUGUGCGUGCUGUGAAUGUGUCCCCUAGCGUCUGCUGCCAGUGCUUGACGUCAGACUGUUGUUACAGAAGUUGACAUGGAAAUAAGGAUCUUCCUCUCUUCUCUAUUACCUGUGGUGUAUUUAUCUAAACUGUGGUCUGUGACAUGUGUUAGUACUAAUAUGUGAACAAUCCUUUGAACCCCCUGAAUACCUAAUACAUUAAAAAUACGCACUGGAACUA